AUGUGCGGAGAAUUCGAUGCAAUAGUGAAUUUAAGGUCAAAAAGUUGUACGUGCAAAAUUUUUGAUAUCGAGAAGCUUCCAUGUGUUCAUGCCAUAGUAGCAGCAGGAAAGUCCCAACCUCAAAAUACUGGGGAACUUAUAUAUUCGAUGUGUUCAAAAUUCUACACUUCGGAAUAUUGGUUGUUAGCAUAUGCUGAAACGAUAUAUCCUGUUCCUCCAAACUCACAGUGGACCAACAUUCCUGAAUAUGUUACUGCAAUACAAGUGAUAGCACCACCUGAAGACACGACUAAAGGGCGACCAAAAAUCAACCGCAUACCUUCCCAAGGUGAAGUUUCUAAGAGACAAUAUAAUUAUGGGGCAUGUGGGCAAUCAGGACAUAAUGCGCAAAAGUGUCCAAGUCGUCAUGCGCCAUCAGAUGUUAGAAGCACAACUAAUAUGUGA